AUGGACGUCCCGAAACGAGCCCCUGGCCGCCUGACAGAAGCCCUGAGUUCGGUCCCCAAAGCCCGUGGAACUGGCAGGUCAGGGCCACGCCGACGGACAGGCUGCUUGACCUGCCGGGCCCGCAAAGUGCGCUGUGAUGAGACGAAGCCAAGCUGUGCGAACUGUGACCGACUGCGACUGCGAUGCGUCUAUAAAGCCCCCAUCUCCCACAGCCCGGCUGGAAGCUCUCGUCCGUCCGAUUCCGCAUCCACACAAGCGGCACCCCAGCCUGCUUCCUCUUCGCCUGCUGGCAGCUCCGCCUCAGCUGUGGCCGGUGAUCCAGGGCAGCGCUCACCGGAUGUCAAUUUCUUUAGCACGGUGCUCCGCUCGGAUGACCACCAUCGCACGAACCCUGCUCCAGCGACAGACUCCGAGACAUAUCCGCCCGAGCUGGGUGGGGCGUUUGAUAUGCUUAAAUUUAUGGGAGGGAUAACUGCGGACCUGGAACAGAAGCAUGUGGACUUGACUAGUGGCCUUGCAAAUUUCCAUACCAGUGCAACGCCGCAAUCGGUACCAGCUGUGGUGCCGAAUACAAAUGUUGAGGAAGAUCAAUUGGCGAGAGGAACCCGCUCGCCGUUCAGCUCAGACGCCCCGUCUUCAGUGGCUGACGGAGGAUCAGCGGGUAGCACUUCAGAUGCAACUACCCUGCGAAGGAGCUGGUCUGGUUCUGGCAAUGGCUCGUAUGAAGACCAGUUGCUUCAGUACUUCCUCGCGAUUGAUCCGCCGGCGGGCAUAUUUGCGCCGGUCACGAUGGAGUGGAAGUACGUGGUGCCUACUGUCCUUGCGUAUGCGCGAACCUUUAGUCCGCUUCUAAAUGCUAUUUACUGCUAUGCAGAUAUUCACAAGUCUGUGGCGGAAGGGAAACGUUGGCGCUGGGCCCCGACGUACCAUCAAGUAUCAAGCUCUGAGAUCCAGAAAUAUCUACUCGGAGACGUGGCUGAACCGAGAUUGAUCAAAAUAUUCGCGACUGUAUUCUUCCUCAUGCUUUCCGAGCUCUUCUCAUCCUCGGACCUCUGCGCUCUGGGCACGUCCUACCUCCGAACAUCAUAUCUCCUCCUCCAACGAUUUCAUGCGCGCACUCAAGCCUGGACUGGCUUUGGUCACCUAAUGGUAUCAUGGGUCUCCCUUCUAGACGUCAAAGCCCUCAUCGCUGGUCGCGAGGGAGACACCCUCGACGACCUCGCCAACCCUCCAGCACUGAAAGAAUCUGCGACUCCGCGCCCUGUUCCCGCAAAGAACAAAGACGACGAACUUGAAGGCGCCGAAGACCAAUUCCAAAGCCCCAGCUACCUAAUCUACGAAGCCCUCGUCGGCCCGGCCUUCCGCUUCUUUGUACAAGCGCAGCAAAACGUCCGCCGCAUAGUCUCCAUCGACCUGCACCACCGCAGCCGCGGCACCCUCAGCGAUGAAUUUGAAGUCCUCCAAAUCGCCCACAAAGUCGGCGCCGAUCUCGAAGCCCUCUGGCACACCCGCCCCGCCGUCAUAGACAUCUAUGAGCACCCCGACGCCCUCACCGACACCCUCCGCGGGCCUGUCGCGCUGGAAGUCUGCCGCACUUUCCGCCAGUACAUCGCCAGCUUUCUGGCGAACUUUAUUUACCUGCACCGGGUCGCGUUCGCGAUCUACCCGCGCACCGACCGGGUCGAGGAGGCUGUGGAUAAGAUCGUCGAGCUGGCGACGGCGGAGUCGGUCGAGACGGAGCAGGAGCACCUCAGGAUUAGUUUUCUGUGGCCCCUGUUCAUGGCGGGGCUGGAGGGCUCGAGUGAGCAGCGGCGGUGGAUUCUGCAGGAGAUGCAGCGGAUGGCGGUGGCUCCUCGGGAGAACGAGCCUGCGUCGAUUACGCGGCAUCCGUCGGCGGACAAGGUGCUUUUGUUGCUCGAGGAGAUGAUUCGGCGGCAGGAUACGUCGAGGGCGUGGGCGGAUUCGAAGUUUGUGCGGAAGGAGUUGUUUGCGGACUUUUUUAUCCUGAUCUGA